UGCUGGCGCCUUCAGCUGCUGCUCCGCCGCCGGGAAAGAAAAAUCCCGCUUUUGCAGCUGUGGGAGGGGCGUGGCCGCGGCGCUGACAGCUGCGGGGGCGUGGCCACCGGGCCGGAAGUGUGCCGGCUCCGCGUGGCCAGCCUGUCAGAUGUAAACAAAGCCGCGGUCUCCCGGGAAAAACCGCCAAGAAGACUGGAAACCAGCGAAAAUAUGAAUAUUUUUGAUGAUUUUUGCAGAUUUUUUAGAUUUUCCCGCCUAUUAAGCCACAUAAGUGUCUCUUUUUUCCCUCCUUUACUCUGCGUCACAGAGACACGCCGAGAGAGGAAGUAACACGUUACAUUUACCUUACACAUUUUUGGUUAAAUUGAGCUUUUAAGAGUAACUUUACUGCCCCUUACUGAUUACCUUUACUUGGGUAAACAAAUAUUGAUUAAGUUACUGUUUUGAUCAUUGUAACACUUAAAGAUUUUGUUCCAGGAAGCAGAAGAUCUUCGGGAAACAAGCGACAUGUAAUCUACUGAAAACUUAAGGCGGUUAAAAAUAAAGAGACGUUUUGUUGUUUUUCUUUCUUUUUUUUGCGUCUCCCGUUGGCUGAAGGAUCCUAACAGACGUGGUGGACGCGGCGUGCCGCUGACCUCUGCCCCUGACCUUUGCUCCGUCACGUGAUCCGGUCCCUCGGUGGAAGCUGAACUUUAGUUCCUGCAGUUGGAGUUUCAGCCAAACCCAAACAUGAAGUUCCUGGAGCUUUUCGGACGCUUGAAGUCAGUGGUUAUCGGAAUGAUUCACGUCAAAGCGUUGCCAGGUUCCCCUCUGGGACGCCUGACGAUGUCCCAGAUUGUGGAGGAGGCGUGCCGCGAGGCAGAUGUCUACCGUGAAGCAGGGGUGGACGGUCUGAUCGUGGAGAACAUGCACGAUGUUCCUUACACGUUCCACGUGGGUCCUGAGGUGUGCGCCUGCAUGACGGCGGUCUGUGUUGCCGUCAGGAGAGCCUGUCCGUCUCUGCCGCUCGGGGUGCAGAUCCUGUCCUCUGCUAACCGGCAGGCCCUGGCCGUGGCCCUGGCGUCAGGUUUGGACUUCGUCCGGGCAGAGGGCUUCGUCUUCUCCCAUGUGGCGGAUGAAGGCCUCCUGAACGCCUGCGCCGGCGACCUGCUGCGGUACCGCCGGCAGAUUGGAGCUGAGCACGUGCAGAUCUUCACCGACAUCAAAAAGAAGCACAGCGCUCACGCCCUCACGUCUGACGUGACCACGGAGGACACGGCUCGAGCCGCCCAGUUCUUCCUCUCAGAUGGACUCAUCCUCACUGGAGCAGCUACCGGAGACCCGGCGGACCCCCGCCAGCUCAGAGAUGUCAGCCGUGCGGUGAAAAUCCCCGUUCUGAUUGGCUCUGGAGUGACGUUGGACAACGUCGACCGCUACCUGGACGCCAGCGGCUGGAUCAUCGGCUCCCACUUCAAGGUGGGGGGCCACUGGGCCGACGCCGUCGACCCCGACAAAGUCAAGAGGUUUAUGGAAAAGAUUCGACACCUUCGGAAGUAAAAA